AUGGGCGCAAUAACAAAAGGUUUGGUUCUCUUUCUGGCUUUAUUUUUUGUAUCCGAUCAGUACCAAAUCAAUGCAUCCAAAUUCAAGUUUACCAAUUUUGUGUGCGACUCGGUGAACCCAUCUUGGAUUGAGGUUCAUCAAUGUCGGUUGAAGGCCAUUCGAAGGGACAAAACCAUACUCAACUUUAAUGGGUCCCUCCUGCAGACGGCCAGGAAAGGGAGGCUUCAUGGGGAAAUGUUCAAAAAAGCUAGUGGCUGGAAGCCUUGGCUGUAUAAUGUCACCGUGGAUGCUUGCAGGUUUGUCCGAAAACCAUAUGUGCCAGUGGCAAUCCUCGUUUUCAAUAUGUUUAAGGACAACUCUAAUUUCAAUCAUCCCUGUCCCUAUUCGGGCCCCGUUUAUGUUAUGGGUGUCCACGUCUUUCCAGAGACAAUUCCAGUUCCACUUCCCUCUGGCGAAUACCUAAUUUUAAUUAAAUGGUACGUUGCUAGUUACCGAAAUUUGUCCUCAGAACUUAUAAUAUCCACUGGAAUUUACUUUUCAUUUGAUGAAUAAUACCUUCUUCUAAUGAGAAUAAUUGAUGAGAAGUACGAGGAAUGAUUUUCGCGAAAUUUUCACUAAUUUCUUGAUUCUUGAUCGAUGACACGAUGCUAAUAAAAUUUAAAAUUUAUAAAACACGGAGUACUAUAAAUGUAUACAUUCUUUACCAUAAAAUCAAUUGAUUUAAUUUGUAAUUUGUAAAAUUAUCCCGUAUGUUUUAGAAUAAAGGGAAUAACUUCUUUUACUUUUCUUGCGAUUUUACUUUUAAUUAUUUAUGCAUUAACUAAUCAUACUUAUUUCUGCAUUCAAUGAAAAGUG